AUCAUGUCCUGCAGUAGCAGCUCAGACAGUUCCGACAGUCGUGGAAAACUGACAACGUACAAACUGGAAUCAAGAAUAGCAACGAGGGAUAACAAUUUUGAGCAUUAUACUCCAUCCCCGUACAAAACACCAGGGCCUCGUAGAUAUGGGCAUGUUAUCACAUAUGAAAAAGGAGGACUGCUGCCGAGAGAUGGUAUUCCUAUCCGGAAUCUACCUCAAUACAGACCUAAGGACACCUGGACAAAAAAGGAAGCCUUGUUUGGCCAGAAUGAUUAUAUAGACAUUCUAGGAGAUGGUGAUGUGCACCCUGUAGACCUGCUGACCGGACCUAGGUGGCUGAUUGCUUUCAAAGCCAAUGAAAGAGAUCGAUUGAUCCGGAAAAUGGAAUGGGAAGGUCCCAGGUUGAAGACAUUUUAUCCAACAGAGUACAACAGAAUAGAGAAGCGAAUCAGAUUUUUAACGAAACUGUACAACUUGAAGAGAUGCAAGAAGUCUAGGGACUGA